CCUUGGCUUCACCAGACGCAUCUAGGUUGUUUUAGAGAGGCCUGAGCCAAAUACCCGGGAUGAAAUUGAUCUCUGUGGCCCUGGUGUGCCUGCUGCUGACUGCAAUAUGGCCACAGGAUGUGGCCAGCAAGAGCAUGCACGUGUCUUCCUCCCGCUGCUGCUUCUCAUUUGCGAAGAAAAGGAUUUCCCAGAAGACAAUCCAGUGUUACAGAGACACCAGCUCCACAUGCCCCUACAAGGCUGUAAUAUUCAAGCUGAAGGGAGGCAGAGAGAGCUGUGCCUUGAAGACCCCUGGAUGGGUUCAAGGUUACUUGGAAAAAAUAAAACCCUGCCUGCUGGUGUGAAGAUGAGCCAUCCUUUUCCAUCCUGGCCUCUGGAGAUCACUGAGUUUCACUUGUCCCCACAACCUUCAACCUAGGGGAUAUGCUCAAACUUGAUAAGCUAUGUGUUUACACUUUAUAUAUUUAAAUUCUA